AUGCCGAACCCAAUCCUACCCUGCCCUCUCCUCCCGGAGCCCCCUGCAACUAGACUACAGCCAAGUGAGCGUCCCUACGCUUGCAGGGCGAAGCAGCAGCAGACUGGACGGGAAGGGGAGUUCUGCGGAUCGAUUUCCGAGGAGGGGGAGGAAGAGGAGGGGGCGAGUAACCCGAGUCGGCGCGGGUCUCCCCCUUGCAUCCACCCCAGGGCGGGAGGCGCAAAGCAAACAGGUCUCCGUAGCCCGGCACAGAGGCACAUUGUUCGCUCCCACGGCUCUUACCUCGGUCUGCGAGCGCGCCCCCGGGGGCGGGCCGUCUGGCGCGGGGGCCGCGCGGAGAGAGGCGCAGAGGGCAGCGGCCACCCGGGCCGGCGAGGGUCCAGGCCGGCCGCGAGCGGAUCGCCGGCCGCCGAGUCCGAGCGGGAAGCAGCGCCGUGGCUCAGCGCGUCCUCCUGCUUGGCCGCCGCCGCCGCCUCCUCCUCCAGCCAAGCAGCCAGCGCCGGGCGGCUCCUGGGGUUAGGUCAACAUUUUCCUGCAGUUUCCCACACGCCGCUCCGCGAGAAGAGUCUUUUGCACACGCGCACGCGCCCCCAGACCGCACGCUCCCUCGGAAAGAUAAGAAAUUCGGGAAGCAGAGCGAAAGGGGUGGCAGAGGCAAAAAGGUCGACAGAGGUGCGCAGACUUGGGAGUCCCCUCCGAGCUGCAGACGCGGGAGGGGCGGGCAGACGCUGGCGGCGCGAGGCCAACUCAGUUCGUCAGGCGAAGCCCCUCAGCCCGCCGUCCGCGCCGGCCGGCUGGCAUCCCUCGAGCCGACCCUGCGGCCUGGGGCGGGAGACUGCAGCGGCCCCUCCUCACAUUUCGGGUCUCCGGGCCGAGGCUGAGCGGUGGCCGCUGCCCCAAGACUGGCUGAAGGCGAGGACUGGGGUUCGGGGAAGCGGGGAGGUGUAGGGACGAGACACGCGACGCACAGCAACGGAGGAGAGGUGCCCUCCCCCCCCGCAACGGUCCCAAGGAUUCUCCGGACAAGCAAAGGAAGGAAAGGAGACUACAAGGCUUUACUCGCAAGUGCAUUCAUCGUGCUGUUUAGGUCUGUUUCCCUCAUUUCCUUACAUUGAAACUGCUUUUGCUCUUGUCCUCUGACCACACUUCCUUGCGCCUCUCAGUUGGCAGUGUUAGCAAGCAGCCAGACAGCGCCUACGAUGGACCUAAACUAAAGAGAAUAGACCACGUCGGAGAAAAUCGUGCUUGAAAAAUGUUCGAAAGCUAGUUGUGUCCUUUGCAUACGAGUAAAAUCAAACCUGGAUUUUUUUUUUAAUUACAAAAUUUCUGAGCUAAAAUGUAUGUCUAAAUCACUGUUUAUACUAAUGAAUGAAGGCAUCAAUUAAAGAAGCUUGUUUGCAUUGAUUUUCAAGAAAAACAUUCUCCAAGACUUAAAAUCUCUAGAAAAUAGGAUGAAACUUGAGCUUCUUCGCUUUCAGAAACAAUAUGUACUUUUUGUUGCUGUGGGUAUGUUGCAGUCAUCAUACGUCAGAAAUCAUUUCAAACAACAGUGUUAUUAAAAUGUCAACAGCAGAUUGUUCAAAAGA